UGUGAAGUCCUAGAACAGGCACUGAUGGAAGGCCCUUUGCAAACCUCCGUUCACGUGUGCCAUGAAAAUGGUCAAUGGAUGUCACGAUUACCAGAGAAGCUCUGGGAUAUUCCCCUCUAUAACUUAGCUCUUCCAGGGAGUCACGACACUAUGACGUACUGCUUGGAUAAAAACUCCGCUGUUAGUGGCAAUGAAUCCAAGCUGGUGAAGUUCUUAAACAAAUGUAUACCCUGCAUUGUGCACCCCAUUAUCAUGAAGUGGUCUACAACACAGGUACUGACUGUGACGGAGCAACUUGAGGCUGGAGUUAGGUAUCUGGAUUUUAGGAUUGCACACAAGGCUAAUGAUCCAUCUUUGACGUUGUACUUCGUGCAUAUGGUUUACACAACUAUUACUGUACAGGAUAUUCUGUGGGAAGUGUUAAGGUGGUUGGAAACGCAUCCUCAGGAAGUUGUUAUCUUAGCCUGCAGGAAUUUUGAUGGAUUAAGCAAGAAACUUCACUGUCAUCUUAUUGCCUGUAUAAAAGAGAUUUUCCAGUGUAAACUGUGUCCCAGAAAUGUGGUGCCGACACUGCGGACCAUGUGGCAGCGUGGCCAUCAGGCUAUAGUCUCGUACGAAGAGGACAUGGAAGUGGAGGAGCACUGCGAGCUGUGGCCUGCGAUCCCAUACUGGUGGGGAAACAAAACUGCCACUCGGGCUCUUAUCCAUUUCUUAGAGCGCAUGAAGCAGAGGGGCCGUCCAGAGAAAUUCUUUGUAGCAGGGAUUAACCUUACUGAAAACUUAAGGUAUAUUCUCUUACACCCAUUUGGAUCAUUGAAGAAAAUGACACUCCGGAGUCUUCCAUGCCUGAAAAUCUGGAUAAAGCAGCAGUAUCCGGGAUCAAAAAAAGAAUGUAUUAACAUCAUUGCUGGAGACUUUAUAGGAAAUGAUGAUUUUGUCAAAGAUGUGAUAGAACUUAACACAAAAAUUAAUCUGCCAUUGCACUGUCAAAGUAAAGGGGUGGAACAAACAGUAUUUCACUCUCAGCUUCUUCAUCUGUGA